AUGGUGUCAUCUUGUUCUGGUGCCAUCAUUACAUCUUUGUUUGUGACACCUUUAGAUGUUGUGAAAAUAAGACUCCAAGCACAGCAAAAUCCAUUUCCCAAAGGGAAGUGUUUUGUCUACUGCAAUGGACUCAUGGACCACAUAUGCGUGUGUGUGAAUGGAAACUCCAGGGCCUGGUACAAGGCCCCUGGUCGCUUUAGUGGCACAGUGGAUGCUUUUAUAAAAAUAAUUCAUCAUGAGGGGAUCAAGUCUUUAUGGAGUGGUCUUCCUCCAACUCUAGUUAUGGCAGUUCCAGCAACUGUUAUCUACUUCACAUGUUAUGACCAGCUGUGUUUGGCACUGAGGCUCAGAAUGGCAGAUUACGCACAAGAAGCUCCUCUUUUGGCUGGGGCUAUUGCUCGAGUUGGCUCAGCGACAGUGAUCAGCCCAUUGGAGCUUAUUCGUACCAAGAUGCAGUCUCAGAAGCUGUCCUACAGGGAGCUGACCGACUGUAUCCGGUCAGCGGUGGAGGCAGAGGGCUGGCUGUCACUGUGGCGUGGUCUGGGUCCCACUCUCCUCAGAGAUGUUCCCUUCUCCGCCAUGUACUGGUACAACUAUGAAAGAGCCAAAGCUUUCUUAUGCCAGCGCUACAACACUACAGAGCCAACGUUAAGCAUCAGCUUCAUAUCUGGAGCUUUGUCUGGAUCGUUUGCGUCCAUUGUUACUUUACCUUUUGAUGUGGUCAAAACAAGAAGACAGGUGGAGCUGGGGGAGCUGCAAGCCAAGAACUUGUCUUGUCGCGGAUCGUCGACUUUCACCUGUAUGAGAAGGAUAGUGGCAGAGCAAGGCUUUUCUGGGCUGUUUGCCGGUUUCUUGCCAAGAUUAAUCAAAGUGGCCCCCGCCUGCGCCAUCAUGAUCAGCACUUACGAGUUUGGGAAGGCUUUUUUCCGCAAACAGAACUUCGAAAGGUCGUUACAAUCCAGCAAUGCCAAAUAG